AUGGCGAAGUCACAUGGAAGACUAGUGACGGUAGUUGAUUUUGCGACCCUCUACACUCAGAUCACUCGAGAGGCUAAUACGGCGGCGGCGCGUGGACAAUCGAUAGGUGGAGGAAGAGGUGGUGGGUUGGGGACCCCGAGAAGCGCGUUCGGUCGUGGAAGAAGAAAUUUGUACGGAUGUACAUCGGCGACAGGUGGACCAAUGGGAAGAGAGAAUACGCAGAUAGGAAGUGUUCGGAGAGGAUCUUCUGUGUUACCUGCUUGGUACCCGAGGAGGCCUCUAAGGGACGUUACUGCUGUUGUGAGGGAGAUUGAAAGGAGAGGAGCUCGCUUGGGAGCAGCUGAAGGUCUACAGAUAGAAAGUCCAAUGUCUCAGGACCAAAGAGUAGUUGAUUCCCCUGAGCCACUGUUAGGUGCUCAGCUAGAGCACAAUACUUCAGACCAAAGAGUAGUUGAUUCCCCUGAGCCACUGUCAGGUGCUCAACUAGAGCACAAUACUUCAAUGUUGUCACCAAAUCCAACUUUCCAUAAGAAGCAUUGUCUCCCUAAGAUUUUGCUUCAUAUCAUCGCAAAUCAGGCUGGUGGAGAGUUAGAGUCUCUCACACCUCAGAAGAAACUUUUGAACUCAAUUGUCAAAGUUGAGAAAGUCAUAAUAGAGGAAUUGGGAAAACUGAAGAGGACCCCAAGUGCUAGGACAGCUGAGAGGGAGAAAAGAGUUGGCACAUUAAUGUCAAUGCGGUGA